ACUGUAUGUUGCCAACAGUUGUGUCUCAGAAGAUCUCAGAAGACACAAAGCAGAGGUCGUUUUCUCGAAGCUGUGUCUGCGUGGGACUCUUUCUAAGGAUUUCUGAAGAGUUGCUAUUUUCCUGUCAAUUUUACAAGGAUUUACUUUGUUUGACUUUACCGUAACUCCCGCUGUGUCUCACCGGGAAGUUUUUCUCACAGGAAGAGAGAAGAGUUCAGGUCAUACGGAAAUCGUUUACAGGAUAAAGCUACUCGAUUCUGGGACACAAGCCGAGCGCGCCAAGAUAUCGUCCCACUCUCCUGUCAGUCACUUUUCCAGUCCUGACACAACUAGGGCGAAGUCCGGGCUCGUUCAAGAUUUGAAGGACGUGUCUCUGACUUCAAGAUCGUAUACUCGAAUCCUUGCGGAGCUCCAAGAAUUUGAGAAGGUUUUGGGGGUUGCCAAAUUUUGAGGGAUUUCGUUUCUGACAUCCGCCCGAUAGACUGCUCAAGCGGGGAAUUGUUGGCAUUGCUAAGCCAUUGUGUAAGGAAAAGUACCUCACAGGGUUUCUAUCCUACUGACCAAGCUAGAGAGAAGGGAAAGCCACAAGCGGAGCAAGUCGGAUUGUUUCGUGGAUCUUUCUGCAAAUAUAAAGCAAAGGACACUACAGAGCCAUGGAGGCCGGAUUGUUACGGUGGCUGGUACUAGCGGGCGUUGUAGCCGUUGUCAUCGGGGACAAGCUCAUCGAGGACCCGGUAGACGAGGUAGACGGUCCGCUGCCCUUCGUCGGGAACAUCCCCGGAGAGGAAGAACUGGGGAAGCUGAAGCUAGAGGAGUUACCGACGGAGUUUAGCAUGUACGAUUUGAACAAGGAUAACGUCAUAACGGUGGACGAGUUGGCUAAAGUGACGGGGACGAAAGAAGAGGACGCCAUGCACCCAUUUGAAACCGCCGAUGUAAACGGUGACCUGAAACUGACGGAAAAGGAGUUUGACGACGCUCCGUGGAUUUUCCAGCUUCCCCCGUCUGCCGACCCCUUCAUGGAACCAAACGACGACGGCAUUUGGGAAUUCCGCUCCAAACUGCAGCUGGCGGCGGGAAAGGGCAUCAAAGAGCAAGAAACAAUGGAGAAAAAAGUCUGACCUAAAACACCGUCUGAAUUUCCCGCGGGAUAUACGUAGGGGUGAAAAUUUUAGGGAGAAAGACUUUUCCGAAAAAUGUGGAUUUUUCCUAAGCACGCGAAGAUCACGUGAACAACUGCGACAUUCACCUGAUCUUUCGGUAAAAUACCCGGAUGUAAAUUCGUAACGUCAACUAUCCAGAUUUACAAGUCUCUUCCAACUCUUCUUUCUUCAUUUUCAAUGACUGGCUCUACCAGAUCU